AUGGGACAAAAAGUUCAUCCUUUAAUUUUUAGAAGUUUAAUUUUUAAAAAUUAUAUUAAUAAUUUUUAUAUAAAUAUAAGUAAAAAUAAAUAUUAUUUAAUAAAUAUAUUAUUAAUUUAUUUAUUGUAUUAUAAUUUUUAUAAUAUAUGUUAUUUAAAAAAUAAUUAUGUUGAUAUAAAUAUAAAUUUAUAUAUUAAUAAGUUUAUAAUUGUGUUAUUAUUUUAUAAUAGUUUAAAAUAUAAUAUUAUAAAUUUAAAAUAUAUAUUUAUAUUAUUAAAUUAUUUUAAUUAUUAUUAUUAUAAAGUAUAUAAUUAUUUAUGUAUUUUAAAAAUAAAAUAUACUAAUAAUAUAAAUAUUAUAAUAUUUUAUAUAAAACAAUAUUAUAUAAAGUAUAAAUCAUUAAAGUUAAUAUUUGAAUAUUUAUAUAAUAAUUUAUUAAAAAAAUAUAAUUAUAAUAUUAAAGGAUUAAAAAUAAAAUUUUCUGGUUGUUUUAAAAAUAGUUUAAAAACUAAAGUAGAAAUAUAUACAUAUGGUAAUAUAUCUUUAAGUACUUUAACUAAUAAAAUUAAAUAUAUUAAUGAUAUUAUAAAUACUAAAUAUGGUAUUUUAAGUAUAAAAGUAUGGAUUAAUAUAUAA